UGACACGCCGUCUAGGACAAGCAGCAACCGCCGACGUUGCACGCAAAGCCGAACGAGGCGUUGUCUCCGGCUCUGAAAGGAUGAUGGAAUACAGCAGGGAGGCCGAGCAGGCGUCGGAGAUGCGGGUCAGGCCACUGCCGCCGCUCACCCAUGAGGACAACCGUCGAUUCCUCGAGAUGCUCCGCGAGAAGAAGGAAAGGCUGGGGUUCGGCGCCGAGAAGGUGGAGGUGCGGUUCGAGGAGCUGACCGUGGAGGCCGACGUGCAUGUGGGCCACCGCGCGCUGCCGACGCUGCUCAAUUGCGCCGUCAAUGCCGCCCAGAAAUUGGCAACAUGUUCACACAUGUGUACUACAAGAAAAAAACCCAUCAAAGUCAUAAAUGGAGUGAGCGGGGCAAUUAAUCCAUCACGGAUGACCCUUCUUCUAGGAGCACCAGGUUCCGGGAAAACAACUUUUCUAAAAGCAUUGGCAGGAAAGUUGGAUUCUUCUUUGAAGCUCGGAGGAAAGGUCAUGUAUAAUGGAGAAGAAGUGAAUUCCUCAACACCUCAAUACUUGCAUGCAUACAUUAGCCAGUAUGAUCUUCACCAUGCGGAGAUGACCGUUAGAGAGAUGAUUGAUUUCUCUUCAAAGAUGUUGGGAACCAAUAAUGAAUUUGGGACGUUGGGACAAGGAAUGGGAAGGAAAAAUGGAGACAUUAAUAAAGUGGACCAAUAUCUCGGCACAUCUAUGAAGGCUACUACCUUUGGAGAAGGAAGCAACCUUACAACAAACUAUAUUAUCAAGAUACUUGGUUUGUCCGAGUGUGCUGAUACCCUAGUGGGGGAUGAGUUGAGAAGAGGCAUAUCAGGAGGACAAAAGAAAAGGGCCACAAUAGGAGAGAUGCUAGUUGGUCUAGCAAGAUGCUUCUUUAUGGACGAUAUUUCAACAGGUCUAGAUAGCUCCACUACAUAUGAGAUUGUAAAGUUCCUCCAACAAAUGACUCAUCUGAUGGAUCUCAGCAUGGUUAUGUCCUUAUUGCAACCAUCUCCUGAGACGUUGGAAUUAUUUGACGACAUAAUUCUAUUAUGCGAGGGUCAAAUUGUAUAUCAUGGUCCUCGAGAAAAUGCUAUUGAUUGUUUUCAAAUGAUGGGAUUCAGAUGCCCCAGUAGGAAGAAUGUAGCCGAUUUCCUUCAAGAGGUGACCUCAAAGAUGGAUCAAAGGCAAUACUGGAUUGGUGAUGAAAAUGUGUAUCAAUACUGGCCAAUAGAAAAUAUAGCAGAAUUCUUCUAUUCAUCUUAUCUCCCUCGACUUGCAGAAAACAACAUGACAAACAAUAGAGGAAAUGACAGGGAGAUCAAAACAAACGCAAAUCACGGUAUCUCUAGAUGGAAUAUUUUCAAAGCAUGCUUUUCAAGGGAAGUACUGCUUCUCAAAAGAAACUCCCCACUUCAUAUAUUCAAGACUGUACAGAUAAUUAUUCUUGCUUUUGUCAUCUCAACGGUUUUUAUUCGAGCAAAUAUGAAUCAUAAGACUAUACUUGAUGCCAAUAAGUAUAUGGGAUCACUCUUUAUGGCUAUUGUGAUAGCAAACUUUAAUGGCAUGACAGAAAUUGCAAUGACAAUGAAGCGACUACCCACUUUCUACAAGCAAAGAGAGUUACUAGCAUUGCCAGGAUGGGCACUUCUUUCUUCGAUUUACAUCAUCAACCUACCAAUGUCACUUAUAGAGACGGGUCUCUGGACCAGCUUAACCUACUAUGUGAUUGGUUACUCACCUUCCUUUGUUAGAUUCACCCAACAAUUUUUGGUACUUUUUGCCAUGCAUCAAAUGUCAAUGGGCCUCUAUCGUUUCUUAGCGGCAAUAGGAAGGACACAAGUAAUGUCCAACAUGCUAAGUGUCGUAAUUCUUAUAGCAAUCUACAUAUUUGGAGGCUUCGUCAUAUCCAAAGAUAAUCUCCAACCAUGGUUGCAGUGGGGGUAUUGGGCAUCCCCAUUCACAUAUGCACAAAACGCAGUUGCCCUAAAUGAGUUCCUUGAUGAAAGAUGGGCUACUGAACUUUACUAUGAAAAUGCUAAAACAGUUGGUGUAGCUAUCCUCAAGAUCAGAGGGUUGCUCACAGAGUGGCACUGGUACUGGAUUUGUGUCAUCAUUUUAUUUGGAUUCUCAAUUGUGUUCAACAUCCUCACUAUAUUUGCGCUGGAGUUCAUGAAUUCUCCACACAAUCAUCAAGUUAAGAUCAAUGCCACGAAGAUAAAUAUGGAGUACAAGAACCAAAAAGUUGGAAAUGUCAAUGCAUCAAGUACCCAAGUUACCCUCCCUUUUCAGCCUCUUUCCCUUGUAUUUUAUCAUAUAAAUUAUUUUGUCGACAUGCCAAAGGAGAUGAUGAAGUAUGGAGUAACAGGAAAAACUAUUCAGCUGCUACACGAUGUGGGUGGCGUUUUUAGGCCAGGGGUGUUAACGGCGCUAAUGGGGAUCACAGGUGCUGGAAAGACAACGUUGCUCGAUGUUUUAGCUGGAAGAAAGACUGGAGGACAUACUGAAGGUACUAUUAGAAUAGCAGGAUACCCAAAGAAGCAGGAAAUAUUCUCGAGGAUCUCAGGCUAUUGUGAACAGAGUGACAUUCACUCCCCUAAUCUCACUGUAUAUGAGUCACUACAGUUCUCUGCAUGGCUUCGACUUCCUUCGAACGUUAAAUCUCGCCAAAGACAUAUGUUCAUAGAAGAAGUAAUUGACCUGGUCGAAUUAACUGGACUGAAGAAUUCCAUGGUAGGUCUCGCGGGAACAACUGGUCUUUCAGCUGAGCAGCGAAAAAGACUAACAAUAGCAGUGGAGCUGGUAGCUAGUCCUUCCAUUAUAUUUAUGGACGAGCCGACCACUGGUUUGGAUGCUCGUGCUGCAGCAAUUGUCAUGAGAACAGUCAGAAAGACAGUAGACACUGGGCGAACUAUUGUCUGCACAAUACACCAACCAAGCAUUGAGAUAUUUGAAGCUUUUGAUGAGCUUCUACUCAUGAAAAGAGGCGGUCAGAUCAUAUACAGUGGUUCAUUAGGUCCACUAUCUGACAAUAUGAUCAAGUAUUUCCAGGCUAUACCUGGUGUUCCUAUAAUAAAAGAGGGACAAAACCCAGCAGCAUGGAUGUUAGACAUAACUUCACAAUCAACGGAAUAUACAAUUGGAGUGGACUAUGCACAGAUUUAUCGAAACUCCUCCCUAUACAUCAAUAACAUGCUUCUAAUUGAUGAGCUGGGGAAACCAGCGCCGAACGCAGAGGAUCUACAAUUUCCAUCAGGAUAUUGGCAAGACUUUAGAGCACAAUGCAUGGUUUGCCUAUGGAAGCAAAUAUAUGCAUAUUGGAAAAAUCCAGAACACAAUCUUGUUCGGUUUCUGAACACAUUGGUUCUUUCAAUUAUGUUUGGAAUUGUAUUCUGGAAAAUUGGCUCAACCAUAGAACAACAACAAGACAUAUUCAACAUACUGGGAGUUGUAUAUGGAUCAUCACUAUUUUUGGGCUUUAUGAAUUGCACCAUAUUACAACCAGUUGUAUCAAUGGAGAGAGUUGUUCUUUAUCGAGAAAAGGCAGCGGGCAUGUACUCUACAUUGGCUUAUGUCAUAGCUCAGAUGGCAAUUGAAAUGCCUUACAUGCUUGUCCAAGUUGUCAUGUUUGCGUCAAUCGUAUACCCAAUGAUUGGGUUCCAGAUGACCAUGUGCAAGUUCUGUUGGUUUGUAAUAUACAUGGCACUAAGCUUGAUGUACUACACACUCUUCGGAAUGAUGACAGUGGCACUGACACCUAACCUUGAGACAGCUGCCGGAUUGUCCUUCCUUAUCUUCAUAUUUUGGAAUGUCUUCUCGGGCUUUAUCAUCGGAAGAGAGCAGCUGAUCCCAAUAUGGUGGAGGUGGGCGUAUUGGGCUAACCCAGCGGCAUGGACAAUGUAUGGGCUCAUGUUCUCCCAGCUGGGUGACCGGACGGAGAUGAUCCUUAUGCCAGGGCAGGCAAACCAGACUAUUAAGGAGUUCAUUGAGGGCUACCUUGGACUUGAGAGCCGCUACUUCAGUCUUGUCACAUGCCUGCAUCUGACCAUCAUCGCCCUCUUCGCCUUCCUCUUCUUCAUCUUCACCAAGCAACUGAAGUUCCAACGGAGGUAACACGAACAUAUUGAACUGGACUGAUGAUACACUAAUCAGUUAAUUACUUAACUCGAUAAAGAUAAUUCAAGUGAGACACCUAGUCACAAGUAAGCAAAAGUCCACAAUGAUUUUGUUGUUGGACGAUAAAGUGUGUAAAUAGCCACAUGAUCCAUGUGAGCAUUUGUAUAUGUAUUACUACAACUUUAUAUGAUUAUUAUAAUAGCAAUGUUGAUGAAUAGAUGGAA